AUGUCUUUUCGGUACGGCCCGGGCUUCCUGGCAGCUCUUCUCACAAUCGCCAACAUCCUGAUUCCAUUGGCGGUUUUCACGUUUGCUACCGGCUUCUUUCCGUACAAGCCGGUUCUACCAGGUUUGGCUCAAUAUGAGGCCCUUGAAUAUGGCCCGCCGCCACAGGCACCCUUCGACCGCCUCGUUUUUAUGGUCGUCGAUGCGUUGCGAAGGCUCAUCCGCGAUGGUGCCGCCCUGCCUUUCACGGCGUAUGCGCGGUCACCAACCGUCACCAUGCCCAGAAUCAAAGCCAUCACCACUGGCUCGAUCCCGUCUUUCCUGGACGUCAUCUUGAACCUGGACGAAGCAGAUUCGUCCUCGACUCUCGCUGCUCAAGACACCUGGCUUGCCCAGAUGAAAGCCAAGGAGACGGGGAAAAUGCUCAUGUACGGCGAUGACACAUGGCUGAAGCUCUUCCCGGGCACUUUUGAUCGUGCCGAUGGCACUGCAAGCUUCUUCGUAGCAGUGCGUCGUCUUCAUGAUCCAUCCCUUGCUGUCCCUCAACUGACUGGCCGAAGGACUUCACCGAAGUGGACAACAAUGUCACCAGGCACAUAG